AUGGAGACCGACAUCCCAGAGGAGGCUGCGGACUCUUUUUGUGCCGUUUGUGAGGAAUUCUUUUUGGCUCCACUGGUCCUGAGCUGCAUCUGUUGUGACCGGAGCUUUUGCAACUGUUGUUUAGACCUGUUUUGGAUUGAACAUGGCACAAAAGAAUGCCCCCUCUGUUUUAAAGAUAACUAUGGACUACCUCAUAAAACCUGCGUGCUUCAUGCAGAGAGACUGUCGCUGCUGUGUGUAACUGAGCUGGAGCCUUUGUGCCAUGAAUGCCGCUCCACCAGCCUCCACAUGGGCCACACCGUCUGCCUUAUAAAAGAGGCCUUCAAAGAGCGGAAGCCCGUGGCGCUCACCUGCAAGCAUAGAUUCUGUAAAGUGUGCCUGACCCGCAGCUUUGAGAACCAGGGAGCAGGGGAUUCGCACUACUGUCCGCAGUGCUGGCACCGGUCCUCCAUGGAUCAGCUGGUGGUGAGCAGUGCGCUGGAAAAGGCCUGUGAGAAGCUCAAGGAUGAGAGGCGAAAGAGUGAUCCAAACGCGUGUAAAGAGCACGGGGAGAAGCUGAGCCUGUUCUGUGUGGAAGAUCUGCAGCCCAUUUGUGGCAUUUGUAGGAAAUCGGCUACGCAUACCGGACACAAGGUUUACCCCACAGAGGAAGGAGCUUUGGACUGUAAGGAUGAACUGAGAACGGCUCUUAAACCUUUGAAGGAGAAGCUGAAGGCUUUCAGGAAGGCCCAAGACGUGUGUGAAGAGAUGGCAGAGCAUGUCAAGAACCAGGCCGAGCACACUGAAACACAGAUCAAAGAAGAGUUUGGGGUGCUUCAUAAGUUUCUCAUAGAGCAAGAGGCUGCACGACUUCAGACACUACAAACCGAGAAAGAACAAAAGAAUAAAAUGAUAAGUCAGAACAUGGAAGAAAUAACCAAUGAAAUAGCAUCGUUAACAAAUACUAUUAAAGUUGCGGAACAGGAAAUGAUGGCCAAAGACAUCCCAUUUCUCCAGAACUACAAAGAAACAAUCAAAAGGACAUGGAGGACUGUACUAGAGCCUCAGGUGAUCCCAGAGUCCCUUAUUGAUGUGGCCAAACAUUUGGGGUCUUUGAAGUUUAAAGUAUGGGAGAAGAUGAAGCGCAUCAUUAAACAUAAUCCUGUGGUUCUUGACCCCAACACGGCUGCCAGCUGCUUCAUCCUGUCAGAAGACCUCACAGUUGUCCAGAACUCCACUCGGAUGUUUAAGCUGCCGGACAAUCCAGAGCGCUUUGACAUCAGUGCCGAGUUGUUGGGUGCUGAGAGCUUCUCCUCUGGGCGCCACAGUUGGGACGUAGAGGUAAAGGACAACACCUAUUGGGUGAUAGGCGUGGCCAGUGACUCCAUCAACAGGAAGGGUAAGCACGUCCUGACGCCAGCGGGAGGAUUCUGGACAAUACGGUUUCGCAAUGGAGAGCACAAGGCCUGCACUGCACCGUGGGAGCCGCUGACCAUGACCAAGCCGCCACAGGUCAUUCGAAUAGUUGCAGAUAUGGACCGCAGCAAAGUGGUGUUUUAUGAGCCCGGAGAGCGAAUACCACUCUACACCUUUCAAAACAUCCUCACCACAAGUGUGUUCCCCUACUUCUGCACUGCCUGCAAAGAGCACCCCCUCAAAAUACUUCCUUCAAGGAUUCUAUUGUCAACUGAUGUAUGA